CGCCCUGACGUCACGUCCGGCGCGGCGACAACGGCGUCUCCGCAGGGUAGUGCGGGCACGCACGGCCGGGGCAGUUCGUCUGUGGGCUGUGGAGGCGACGGAGCGCGGGGCCGGUGGGGCCGGCGCAGGGAGGACCAGCUCGGGGGCUUUCUGUUGCAUAUCCUCGGUCGGGCUGGCCAGGGUGUCACUCCUGUCUUCCUGCUCUUCUGAUCAUGGACGGCUCCUUCGUCCAGCACAGUGUGAGGGUUCUGCAGGAACUCAACAAGCAGCGAGAGAAGGGCCAGUACUGCGACGCUACCCUGGACGUGGGGGGCCUGGUAUUCAAGGCACACUGGAGUGUCCUUGCCUGCUGCAGCCACUUCUUCCAGAGCCUCUACGGGGAUGGUUCAGGGGGUAGUGUUGUCCUCCCUGCUGGCUUCGCUGAGAUAUUUGGCCUCUUGUUGGACUUUUUCUACACUGGUCACCUCGCCCUUACCUCGGGGAACCGGGAUCAGGUGCUUCUGGCAGCCAGGGAGUUGCGAGUGCCUGAGGCUGUGGAGCUGUGCCAGAGCUUCAAGCCCAAAACCUCAGUGGGACAGGCACCAGGUGGCCAGAGUGUGGUGGGGAAACCCGCCUCCCAGGAUGUGAACAGCCACCUGAAGGAUCCAGAAGGCUUGGAGGAAGAGGAAGUUUCCAGGACUCUGGGUCUAGUCUCCAGGGAUCAGGAGCCCAGAGGCAGUCACAGCCCCCAGAGGCCCCAGCUCCAUCCCCCUGCUCAGAGUGAGAGCCCCUCCUUCCUCCGUGGGAAACUCAAGCAGGCUCUGAAGCCUUGCUCCCCGGAGGACAAGGAGCCUGAGGACUGCAAAGUGCCCCCAAGGCCCUUCGAUGCUGAAGGGGCACAGCUGCAGGGCGGGAGUAAUGAGUGGGAAGUAGUGGUUCAAGUGGAGGACGACGGGGAUGGCGAUUACGUUUCUGAGCCUGAGGCUGUGCUGACCAGGAGGAAGUCAAACGUAAUCAGAAAGCCCUGUGCUGCCGAGCCAGCCCUGAGCGCAGGUUCCCUAGCAGCUGAGCCCGCUGAGAACAGAAAAGGUACAGCGGUGCCGGUUGAAUGCCCCACAUGUCAUAAAAAGUUCCUCAGCAAAUAUUAUCUUAAAGUUCACAACAGGAAACACACUGGGGAGAAACCCUUUGAGUGUCCCAAAUGUGGGAAGUGUUACUUUCGGAAGGAGAACCUCCUGGAGCAUGAAGCCCGGAAUUGCAUGAACCGCUCGGAACAGGUCUUCACGUGCUCUGUGUGCCAGGAGACGUUCCGCCGGAGGAUGGAGCUGCGGGUGCACAUGGUGUCCCACACGGGGGAGAUGCCCUACAAGUGUUCCUCCUGCUCCCAGCAGUUCAUGCAGAAGAAGGACUUGCAGAGCCACAUGAUCAAGCUACACGGAGCCCCCAAGCCCCAUGCAUGCCCCACCUGUGCCAAGUGCUUUCUGUCCCGCACGGAGCUGCAGCUGCACGAGGCGUUCAAGCACCGUGGGGAGAAGCUAUUUGUGUGCGAGGAGUGUGGGCACCGGGCCUCAAGCCGCAAUGGCCUGCAGAUGCACAUCAAAGCCAAGCACAGGAACGAGAGGCCACAUGUCUGCGAGUUCUGCAGCCACGCCUUCACCCAGAAGGCCAAUCUCAACAUGCACCUGCGCACGCACACAGGCGAGAAGCCCUUCCAGUGCCACCUCUGUGGCAAGACCUUCCGCACCCAAGCCAGCCUGGACAAGCACAACCGCACCCACACGGGUGAGAGGCCCUUCAGCUGCGAGUUCUGCGAGCAGCGCUUCACAGAGAAGGGGCCCCUCCUGAGGCAUGUGGCCAGCCGUCACCAGGAGGGCCGGCCCCAUUUCUGCCAGAUCUGUGGCAAGACCUUCAAAGCUGUGGAGCAGUUGCGCGUGCACGUCAGACGGCACAAGGGCGUGAGGAAGUUCGAGUGCACGGAGUGCGGCUACAAGUUCACGCGGCAGGCCCACUUGCGAAGACACAUGGAGAUCCACGAUCGGGUGGAGAACUACAACCCACGGCAGCGCAAGCUCCGAAACCUGGUCAUUGAGGACGAGAAGAUGGUGGUGGUGGCGCUUCAGCCGCCUGCAGAGCUGGAGGUGGGCUCGGCUGAGGUCAUUGUGGAGUCCCUGGCCCAGGGUGGCCUGGCCUCCCAGCUCCCCAGCCAGAGACUGUGUGCAGAGGACAGCUUCACUAGCCCGGGUGUCCUGGAACCCUCACUCAUCAUCACGGCUGCCGUCCCUGAGGACUGCGACACGUAGCCCACCCUGCCCAACUGAGCCCACUUGGCCCCCAAUAAACCACGUGGCUUUGGACUC